CUUUCGUUGCAUGCCACACGCUGUACGCUUCCCUAAUUAAAAGACGGCGUGGAUUUGGAACUAGGUUUUCAAUAUAUGGAGUCAUAGCCUACACACAUAUUUCAUCAACGCUUUUCGGAGGUGUGUUCAUCUUUGGUUUUGUGAUGUAGCCUAACCAUGAACAUUUUGAUUUUUUUCCAUCCAAAUUUCUGGGGCAGGCACAGGCUGUUUCUUGCUUUAGCCUACCUUGCAACUAUAUCAAACAUCCGUUGAGGUAUUGCUUUCUUUGGUAUUAUUAAAAUUUGGGAUUUAUCUGAAAGCUUGAGUGGAGCCUGUGCUUUUUUGCAAGCUGAAUAAAAGAAGUCGGUAAGAAACCUGCCUUCUCUUUUCCUCUUUCAACCCGAGUUCAUGUGUCGGCCAGAUCCCACUGCGUUGCCUCGCACAUGUUUUGCAAUACAAUGACUAGAACCUGCUCGAGACAUGCCUAAGCGACGCAAUGGGACAAGGCGACGAGAACGAUCGUAUUGUGAUUAACGUGGGAGGUAUCAGACACCAGACCUACCGUAGCACCCUUCGCACAUUACCGGGCACCCGGUUAGCUUGGCUCGCCGAGCCAGAUGCCCACAGUCACUUUGACUACGAUCCCAAGAUUGAAGAAUUCUUCUUUGACCGGCACCCGGGUGUGUUUGCCCACAUCCUCAAUUACUAUAGGACCGGGAAGUUGCACUGCCCUGCAGACGUUUGCGGCCCUUUGUACGAGGAGGAGUUGGCGUUCUGGGGUAUAGAUGAGACCGACGUGGAACCAUGUUGUUGGAUGACUUAUCGGCAACAUCGAGAGGCCGAGGAGGCAUUGGAUAGUUUUGGGGGUGGCCCCCCCGAGAAUUCAGAGGAGGAUGGGGAUGAGGAAACGCUGGGAAUGAUCAAUAGGUUGGCUCUUGAUGGACCAGAUGCCAAAUCAGGGGGGCAUUGGCGACGUUGGCAGCGGUUGCUUUGGGCACUUUUCGAGGAUCCCUAUUCUUCUAAAUAUGCAAGGUGGAUAGCCUUCGCCUCCCUGUUCUUCAUCCUGGUUUCCAUCACCACCUUCUGCCUGGAGACACACGAGGCCUUCAACCCCAUCAUCAACCGGACGGAAAUUGACCUGCUGGACAACAGCACGCGGGUCUACCAGGAGACUGAGACCGUGGUCUUCCUCACCUAUAUUGAGGGGGUCUGUGUGCUGUGGUUUACAUUUGAGUUCAUAAUGCGAGUGACGUUCUGUCCGAGCAAGCUGGAGUUUUUCCGUAACACCCUCAACAUCAUCGACUUUAUUGCCAUCAUGCCCUUCUACCUGGAGGUGGGGCUGAGUGGGCUCUCUUCCAAGGCGGCUAAGGAUGUACUGGGUUUCCUACGCGUGGUACGCUUUGUCCGGAUCCUCCGGAUUUUUAAGCUGACUAGGCACUUUGUGGGACUGCGUGUCCUGGGUCAUACACUCCGAGCCAGCACCAAUGAGUUCCUGCUCCUAAUCAUCUUCCUUGCCCUGGGUGUGCUCAUCUUCGCCACUAUGAUCUACUAUGCUGAAAGGAUUGGUGCCAAGCCCAAUGACCCCCGAGCCAGCGAGCACACGCACUUCAAGAACAUUCCUAUUGGAUUCUGGUGGGCGGUGGUGACAAUGACAACCCUGGGCUAUGGAGACAUGUACCCUCAGACAUGGUCUGGCAUGCUGGUGGGAGCGCUGUGUGCUCUGGCUGGUGUGCUGACUAUCGCCAUGCCAGUGCCUGUUAUUGUCAAUAACUUUGGGAUGUAUUACUCCCUGGCGAUGGCCAAGCAGAAGUUACCAAAGAAAAAGAACAAGCAUAUCCCCCGCGCCCCACUUCUGGGCUCCCCCAAUUACUGUAAGUCGGAGGUAACCUCACCUCACCACAGCACGCAGGACGACACAUGGCCCCUGGCCCCACAAGAACCACCAGAAGAGAGCUUAGAAAUAAACAGAGAAGCUCCACAAGCUGUUUUUCAAGAUCCAAAAGUGAACGGGGAAACAUCCAAGGAUCCAGCCAAGGAGUCAGCCAAGGAGUCAGCCAAGGAGUCAGCCAAGGAGGCAGCCAAGGAGGCAGAAAAAGCAGCGCUGGCCAAUGAAGACUGUCCCCACAUAGACCAGAUCAUGUCACCUGACGACGGCCUGAUCUUAAGCCCUAUUGACCGGUCCGAGCAGCAGCCCUGCUUCCUGCUGGCCAUGGGCGGGAGGCCAGGCCACACGGCAGCCAGAGUCAGGAAGGGAACCCAAUCUGCAGCUAGCUCCUGUUCCACCGUGUUGUAUCGGUCUGUCCCAUUUUUGUCAUCUGGACCUUGCUCUCCGUCUUCAGCUUCUGUCUCUUAUUUUUUCUGUGGUUAUCUAUCUGUGUUGCUUGUUCUCUGUCUCUGUAAACUGUCCCUUCUCAAAACUGGUAAUGGGAAGAGAGUCUUUAAUACCAGAAAUAUGGAAGUUUGACAUCCAUAGGAAAGAGUAGGUCAGCUCAGGUAGAUUCCAAAGGAUCUGGAAGAACUCAUAUAGAACUCCACACCUAUGAAUGGGAGAUAAUAAUCUCUAAAUAGUCUUGUAUUGCCCAUCCAAAUGGUGAAAAGGGCCCAGCUGUAAAUGUUCACUGAAGAUGAAGAACUCCAACACUUCAAUUAUUGGAACCUAGUCAUGUCUUUAUUGAAGGCAAACCAUCAAUAGAUUCAGUAGUAAAGAUAUAUAUUUUUGCUUAUCUAUAUUGUAUUUCAUAAUACUUUUUUACAAGGUAAAGAAUGUCUCUUCCCACCACAAGCACAACCACAAAGUAGCUACUUCAAAGACAAGUCCAAUUUUCCCAUUUUUGGUUGACUUCUUCUCCCGUUCUGCUCUUCUGUCUUUUAUUCUGUCGAUCUACCUAUCCAGCUACAAUCCUGUCUUUCUCUGUUGUAGUGGCUCCCCCUCAGGGAGGUGGUGUGCAUGGCCACAGCUCUGAUACAACAGAUAGUUGGCCCAGUCACACAUCCUGACACUCUGUUCCUCUGCUGUCCUCUCAGCUUGUCUCUUUCUUUCACUUCUCUAUAUCUCUGUCCCUUGUUUUCUCUCCUUCUCCUGGAUCACCACAGAGCAAGUUUUUUAAUUUGUCAUUUUAAAACAUCUGUAAGAGGUCCUCUUCCUCUGGAACCCCCCCCAUUGUCUUACCUUUCUCAAAUGAAUCCAUCCUCUUGGGAAUGACUAAUGACUGGCUGAUGCUGAGCAACCCAACCCUCCCGUGUAUUCUCUACCGCAGAUCCACGUAAAGAGGAGACUGUCUUAGUUAAGUAUAUGCAGGCAGAAGUUCUCAGAGUGACCUGAGGGGGGCGCACCACAGUCUGACUGAGUGUGAGAAACCAACGCUUUAGGAGAAAUCCCCCUCUCCAACGUUUCUUGAUUCCACGGAUGGAGGGCUUGACAGGGCCAUAUUCACAGUGAGGAAGAGAAACAGUAGAUACAGAGGUUUCUUACAGUGAGCUCACCCAUCUCACUUUGGAGGACAGGUUUUCUCUCAAACAUCAAGAUCGAAAAAGUCCUUUUUGCUUUUCUUCAUUGUUGUUUUUGUAUGGACUUUUUCUCAGUGAAGAACUGUAGGAGGACAGAAAGACAAAUAACAAAGGAACAUUGGUCUGACAUCUUGGCCUGAAUGGCCAGAAAGGGUGGAAUGAAAUCAAUAAGUAGAGGACAAUAAGAAUAACUGCUAAUGGCAUUUAUGUCACCCAAUACCAUCAGUUAAACAUGACUCUUUUUAUUUAGCAUGAGUUGCAUGGUGGACUAGUAAAAAAUAAAAAAUAAACUAUAGCUAUUACGACUAUCCGUAUGAAGAAUAUAUUUUUAUUUUAAUGAUUCCUCACUUUUGCGUACAAUUUGUAUAGCCAGACUAUUAAGGUGUUCAAUGACAGUGUUUUCUUUUCACAUUUCUUCCUAUUUUUCUUUGUGGUACAGAGUACAUGUUACCUGGCAGCUCUGGUCAUAUUGACCACUAUUUCCUAACUAGAGACUUGUAAGAACAUGGAGAAUAUACAUAUUUCAGCAAGCUCUCUAUGUUGUGAAAAGCUAAAAUAACAUUUGACCUUGUUUAUGUUGGCAUGCUUUUGAUCCUGGAUCUUAAUGAGAAGAAUCAUUUAGGCUAAAUUAUUAAUCUAUGUUUCUGUCUACUGCUAUACGUCGAGAUGUAUACAAUCAAUUAUUUAUGGAGAACUUAUCAUUGUGAACCAUUGUUACUUUCACAUACUAAAUAUAUACUUUGAACAGUGUUAUUUUUUUAAAGAAAACUAGAAACAAUAUCAUAAAGAAUCUGGUUGACUCAGGUUGUGUCUGACCAUCUUUUCCUAACAACCUUUAACUACUAUGAAAGCAGCAAAAAUACAUGUAUAUUUGAAAACAUAAAAGCAUUGUUUGCAAUUAAGAACAUGGGGGAAAUCAGCUGCAUGCACAAUGUUAUGCAACAUGAAAUUGGGAGAAAAGAGUUGAAGAAUACAACUCUAGCAUGAAAUAAAUUUUGUAUGAAACCUGUCA